UAUUAUUAUAUAGAUUUUAUAUUUAUAUUUAUUUGAAGAAAAAAGGACUUUCAAUUGUUCUAUUUAAACUUGAAAACUAGCUUGAUGAUGAACCACUUCUGCCUAGCAUCUGUUAAGAGCUACCAGAAAAAUCAAGGUUUAAGGAAAUUUCAGCAAAUGGCCAACGAUCAGAAGAAUAGUGAGUCUUUUCCAGCGAAGGAAGAUCAUAAGAAGGAUGAUGCGGCAGCUCCAGCAGAAGUAGACCAUAAGGAUGAAUUCUCGGCAUCACAGCCACAUCCGGUCGAAAACAUAGUUUUAGUUGGGCGUACAGGGAACGGCAAAAGCGCCACGGGGAACAGCAUCGUCAGAUCAAAGGUGUUUAAGUCGAAAACAAAAUCAUCAGGUGUUACGAUGGAAUGCCAUGCAGUUAAAGCAGUGACACCAGAAGGCCCUAUACUCAAUGUGAUUGACACUCCUGGUCUAUUUGAUUUGUCGGUAUCUGCUGAAUUUAUCGGUAAAGAAAUAGUUAAAUGCCUAACUCUAGCGGAUGGAGGGCUACACGCUGUGCUCUUAGUUUUAUCUGUAAGGACUCGAAUUAGUCAAGAGGAAGAGAUGGUACUUAGUACCUUGCAGGUUCUUUUCGGUAGUAAGAUUGUUGAUUACCUUAUCGUUGUUUUCACGGGGGGAGAUGUAUUGGAAGAUGACGGUAUGACAUUGGAGGAUUACUUGGGUGAUAACAUGCCGGACUUCCUAAAGAGAGUUCUCAUAUUGUGUGGCCAACGAAUGAUUCUGUUUGAUAACAAAACCAAGGAUGAUGAGAAAAAGACAAAGCAAGUCCAUGAACUUCUCAAACUUAUCGACUUGGUCAGAAAGCAGAACAACAAUAUUCCGUAUACCGAUGAGAUGUACCAUAUGAUAAAGGAAGAAAAUGAAAGGCACAAGAAAGAACAAGAGGAGCUAGAAUCAAAAGGGCAUUCAGAAGAGCAGCUCGCAGCAUUGAUGAAGGAGUUACAGAUAAUGAAUGAACGAAACCUCAAGGCAAUGGCAGAGAUGAUGGAGAAAAAUAUGAAAAUAGCUAUGGAGGCGCAGGAGAAGCUCUUUGAGCAAAGAGAAAAAGCUCAGGAGAUGAGCUACCAGCAAAAAAUGGAAAUGCAGGAGAAGUUAAAGCAGAUGGAAGGACGUAUGCGUGCUGAAAUGGAAGCGCAAAUGCUCAGCCGUCAGCAGUGCAGCAUUCUCUGAUCAUUCACUGUGCGCUCUUCCACCCUCACACUUUGCCUUCUUAAUGACAAAUAGAGAACCAUUGCCUAGACUUUGUGUUUCUAACGCGGAACAUUUUCUAUGUUCCUCGUUUGAGCAUGCUCUUGGACUUUUGGCCUGUUAUGAGUCAGCUUUUGCUUUUCUUUCAUUUUCAUUUAUGUUAUUUAUCUAAAUUGAUUAGGCCAGUCGUAGCCUAAUCUUUGUUUGAUUUGCUACGUAUUUUUAGUGUAAUAAAUAUGUGUGUAAGUGUUAUGUGAGGUGACACGUUUUUAUAUAAUUUAAUAGAGAGUCCAGAAAGAGAUUUUUUUUUCUCAAUGAAAAGUUUCAUUGUGUUGAGUUAUGGAGCAUAAUCUCUCAAGACACACUCGACGCUUUCAUUAAGGUAUUUCACGUUUUAGUCUAUGUUUGUUAACCCUAGGAUUUGUAUACUUGAUUUGAAUCAAUAUCACCUUUUUCUCAUUGUAAGAAUGAAGAGGCGAAAAGAGCUAAGAUUUGUAAUUUUUGAAUAUUACAAGAAAAUGUUCGAUUUUC